GACUGGGACCGCAGUCAGAACUGAAUGACUCAAUCCUGUGACAAGUGAAUUAGCUUCUACAAUUGACUGUGACUACAGGCAGUUUAUGAGAAACCUUAGUCUGAACUGUAUGUGAACUAUAGUCUGAAACCAUACAGUAGUUGAGAUGCAUGUUUUCAUUGACUGGAGAAUGAAACAGUUAUACAAGAAAGUAUGUUUAAUCCAUCCUAAAUGGCUCGAAUACUUGUCUCCUUUGCAGGAAUGAGUAACAGCCCAUGCUCGUUGGUGUUUUGACAUGUAACGAACAGAAGAUAAAACUUUCUGGAGUUCAGAAAGAUCGGUUGAGAGAAAAUGAUUUUUUGCUGCAUGUUAAGAAUUAGAAAAGUCUUCAUCUUAGAGAAUGCUCAGAAAUCUAGUUCGUGUACCUCUAAGAGUAUUCAAACGAUCACACAGUUUUAUUUUGUAUUAAUUUCAGGAUAAAAGACUCAGCGAAUACACAGAAAAACAUUUUGAACGAGAAAAUAUUGAAGUAAUAACAAAUACUCGUGUUAAAGGCGUGAAGCAAAGAGAAGUUAUUGUGCAACACAAAGGCUCAGACGAUCUAGUAUCUAUACCGUGUUCAAUUGUUCUAUGGGCAACAGGCAUUCAGUCAAAACCAUUAAUAAACAAGUUACGUGAAAUAAUUGGCAUUGACGUACAAAGCAAUCGUACGGGUUUAAUAACAGAUAGGUAUUUACGCGUAAAAGGUAUUACUGAUCAUUCAAUAUAUGCAGUGGGUGAUUGCGCAACCGUUGAACAACGAAAACUUAUCGAUUCUAUUAAGACUUUAUUUGAAGAAGCAGAUACGCUGAAAGAGGGUACUUUAAAUUUACAAGAAUUCCAACAAUUAAUUGAAAAUAAAGUUAACGAAUUUCCACAGCUUGAAAUCUAUCAGAAAGGUAUCGAAAAAGCAUUUUAUGCUGCAGAUAAAGAACAACGCGGACGUUUAAAAUUAGAACAUUUACAAGAUAUAUUAGAGAAAGCUGAUCAAAAAGUACGUGCAUAUCCACCUACAGCUCAAUUAGCAGCUCAACAAGGUGAAUAUGUUGCCAAUUUAUUAAAUAAGAUGUCCACUGAGAAUUCAUCUCAUUUAUCACAACCAUUCCAAUACAAAUUUAGAGGCUCUUUGGCUUAUGUCGGAGGUGAUGUAGCUGUUAUCGAUUUUACUGGUUCAACACCAUUAUUAAAUAUCUUUAAUCUAAAACCGUUAUCAGGACGGGGCAGCUAUUAUUUAUGGAAAUCAUUUUAUUUUACCGAAAUGUUCACGAUGAAAACAAAAUGUUUAUUAGCGUUCGAUUGGGUAAAACUAAAAUUAUUUGGACGGGAUAUUAGUCGUUAUUAA